UCAGUCACUGGGGCAAUGGGACUGCAGUGUUCUCGCGCAUGAUAAUAACAGUGAAGCUCUAUUUUUCUAUGUUAGGAAUAUUUAUUUUGAGGUGUUUGUUAAGUAUGACUUACAGGAGUGGAGAGAUGGACUGGCGGUGGAUAGUUUUCACACUGUUUUUGAACUUCCAGUUCACUUACGGGUCUCCCUCUUAUGAUUUGUUCCAAGGGGCUGCAUACACUGGACUGGUACACAGACACAGAAACAGGAACUGGUGUGCCUAUGUGGUGCGCAAGAACGUGAGCUGCGCCGUGCAGGGGAGUGUAGAAAGCUUCCAGGAGCCCGUAGUGGCCCCCUGCCCAGCCUACCAGACCGACUGCCAGCAACAAGUGACAUACCAAAAUCGGUUUCGACCUACGUACAAGAUUGCCUUCAAAACAGUCACAGAAUUGGAGUGGAGAUGCUGUCCUGGUUACCAAGGUCUGGACUGUAAAGAUUUAAAACCACCCCCAAACCGACAAACACUUCAGGGAACACAGCCCUACUUCCCACCAAAUCCUGGAUAUACAUCCAGACACACACAGAGGCCAGAGCGGAGAGAGACAGGGCACCAUGAGACGAGGCAUGGUGGGGCAGAUAAGGUGCAUCUUCUGGAAGGUGAAGUUCAGCGCUUGUCUCAGACAGUCCUGGAUCUCCAGUCCGCUUUGACAGGGUUAACCACCAACCUCCGCACAGACCUGCAGGAAGACACAAAGAAGAUACUGGUGACGCUUCUCAACAACAUGCGCCCGCCAGACAGUGCUGCAGCUGCAGGCACAGAGGAGAGCCCGGCAGUGCUGGAUGGUCAUCAGGCCACUAGAGGUGGGAUUGUAGGAGACAAUGCUAUAGAAAAAAUAGUGACCCGGUUGGAUGAUAUCAACAAUGAACUGAAAAGCAAGGAUGAAGCUUUGGAGGACCUAAGAGGCACCAUGACAAGUCACGAGGGGCAGAUCCGCGUCCUGAUGGAAGCCUCCCAAUCUCAGACUCCAGCCAUAGCAGAAUUUGAUGUUAUACAGACCUAUGUUGAUGGGAAAUUUGAGAAGCUGAAGAAAGAAUUAGACCAGAAUGUGGAGGAACAGAUGGCCAGGCUGCAAAGCUCAUGCAAUGACAAGAUCAAGCCCUGUGAAGACAGCCGGGAUCAAGGUUUGGUCAGCCUGACCAAGCUGGUGGAUGACAAGGAGGCUAAUCUGAGAAAGGAGAUCCGGGCACUUCGUCUGGACAUGGCUGCUGCAGAUGGACCUAUACGAACUCAAAGGCAGACUGAUCCGUCCAAAGCGGAAGAGGAUCGUAGUGACCACAAAGACCUGUGGCGUGAGAUUGACCGUAUUGCAGAGGCUCACCGCAUCCUGAAUGUUCGCAUUGACAACGAGCUGGCGCACCUGUCUGCUCCUCAGGAAGACAAUGAUUUCAGCCUAAUGAUUGAAGAGAUGGAGGCACGCAUUAAUAUCACGGAGCAAAAUGCAGAGACUCACUGUUUCUAUAUCGAAGAGAAGCUGACCCGUACGAUUUCAGACGAAGUGGCGGCACUACGGCAGCUUCUGGAGGAGCGCCUGAACGGCAUGGAGGACCAGUUCACGAACAUGCUGGUGGAAAUGAGCAACACCUCCUUCCCUGGGAUGUUUGGUGACUCCGUGGACGCCCUCCAGUCAGAAGUCAACAACAAUAAGUUCCUCCUCCAAGGUUUGGAUGAUAAGGUCAAUGCUGUUGGAGAGUUGUGCUCUGCAGGAUGUUCAGGCUCGGGAAUUAGUGUAGGUGCAGUGAGUUCGUCGACCACACCUAAAGGUCUGGUAAACAUUUUAACAGACCUGAGUCGGUAUAGGAAUGAUUUGGACGUUCUUCACACAGAUGUCAAUUCCAACACAGACAAGCUCAGGCAACUAGAAGAUCAUGUUGGAAGGCAGUCAGUGACAAAUGAAAGACGUGUCAAGACGAUGGAGGACUUCCAGAAGGGAUUGAUUAAUCUCGAAGACAAUGUCCUUGGUCUGGCUGGUGCUGUCACCGGGUUAAGUGAUUCCUUAAGCAAAUACAACCAGGAUAUGCACAAAAUAAACUCGACAUGCUGCCAUGCAGAGCAAAGUGGCAGUGGGAGUCCAGCACGGGACAACUGGGAAUCAGCCAUUGCAGAACCCAGUAGACAUGCAGACGACACCAGACAUCUGGUGGAGGAGCUGAAGAACAGGCUUGAUACAUUCAGUAGGCAGGUGUCAUCUGAACUGAGUCAAUGUAAACAGAACACACAGGGUGUUUCUGAUGGCAUUUCUGCUGUGGAUGGACGUGUGACUAGACUUGAAAAGGUGUGUGGAAGACUAGAUGGGGAGUCUGCCAACAUCAGAGAGCUGGAGAGACAUGUUGGUAGUCUGCGGGACUGCGUGAACAGGAUGAACAACACCUGUGGAAAUCAUGGAGCAGACAUCAUCGCACUGCAGAACUCCUUGCAGAGGCUCCAGGCACAGCUGUCUGGGAUGGCCAAACAUGUUUUGAAAGACAUCGCCGCCAAAGAGCCAGGAAUGACCUUAAGACCAGAGAAUCCCGCUUCUUUGCCAGAUUCGACCAGAACCAGAAUCCAACAAAUCCACAUCCCUCUCAUCAUCCCGCCCAGGCAGCCGCACAACCCCAGCCAACCACUGCAGCCCAUCAUGCACACGAUUAAGAUCAGUCCGCCAAGCCAGCCGUCCAGCCCCCGGCAGCCCGGCAGCCACCCCACCAUCCCCCUGGUUCCCAGAAGGCCGGUGGUGGAGACGGGCGAGGCAGGACCUCCAGGGUACAGCCGCAGGGUGACUGUGCGGAGAGGCUCUGAAGACUCGUCCAACAUGCCUCUCAAAGGAUUUGCUGGAGCACCAGGCUAUCCUCCUCUGCAGCCUGCGUCUUUCAGGCAUCAGGCAACCAGCCGCCAAGUUCCCAUGGCAGCGAAGAUGCCCUGGAACCCGUUGUAUCCCGCUCCCGUUGAAUCACCAGUUUCAGCCGCCAACAGCGCGUUCGAAGAUCCCUUCUCCUUCUCUGCUGGCCUCACACAGCAGCCGCUCUCUGGAGACUUCGGCUUCAUCCGCUUCAACAGAGUUCUAGUCAAUGAUGGGGGACACUAUAAUCCUCACACAGGGAUCUUCACUGUACCUCUGGAUGGCCGAUACCUGAUUUCAGGACUGCUGACUGCACAGCAGGGAGACCAUGUGGAGGCCGUGCUGUCCGUGUCUAACCGUAGCGUCCAGCGGCUGCAGAGCUCAGCGGGGCCUGUGGCUGGUCAACACGGGGGCUCAGCUGCUGGUGACUGUGGCUGCGGAGGCUCGGUGUCCUUCAGUCUGAUCCUGCCCCUGAGGAAAGGAGACCACGUGGGCGUGGUGAGGACCGGAGGCCAGCUGGCCACCACCAGGGCCAGGGAGAUCCUCUCCACCUACAGCGCCAUCUUCCUGUACGCACCGCAGGCCAAAAGAUAACAGCAGAAACAGAAAGGACUAGUAUGUUCCCUAAAAAAAAAAAAUGAAAUGGACUGGAGGAAAUGUUGGCAUGAACCAUAGUUUUCACUGAUUUGCUGUGAUUUACCUCGCAGAGCCACUGUGUGAAGAUCCUCACUUAUAAAUUCAGUUAAGAAGUCAUUACAGGAAGCAGGAUUUGUUUCUAAUAUAUUUGAUUAUCAAGUUGCCUUUUGUACCUAUUGUGAAUGUCUUGUGUAAAUAAGUGUUUAUAAAUUAACAUACAAAUGAAUAAAAUGUUAUUUUAACAAAA